AUGGUCACCUCUACAAAGAUCAACCGGGUGAAUACGCCGAAGAAGGCAGCCGCAGUUUCAAGCUUCAAUAAGAAACCUGCCAAGCCCAACGCCAGCAUUCUAAACUUUUUCCAAAAAACGGCAAAACCAGAAGAUUCGCUCUUUGUCGGCGCGGUACCUGCGGAAACGGCCGACAAGGAUGACUUAUAUGGCCGUGACGAUGGAAAUCGAUUCAAUGAGGUUGAAGCUCCGAAUAAGAAGAGGAGGGUGAGCAAAGAAUCCGUUCAGCCAGCGGCGGGGAAGCAAUCGGCGGAUGCAUUAGAAGCAUCUCCUCUAGGUGACCCAAUAAAGCCGAUAAACCCUGAAAACGGGGACGAGCCAAAGAAACCUAGGCCUCGGAUCAAGACGCCCUUUGUCAUGGAUUCUGAUAGCGAAGAUGACGACGUUGACGAUCACGACGACAACAAUUCCAAGCCCAUCACACCGCCGCAGGGCAAGAAUGCCAACACUGCUGCUCCAUCACCUCCAUCCGCUCAGCCGGAACCAUCGAGUGAGACCGCGGAAGCCAAAGAUGCCAAUGUCAAGUAUGAACCGCCGCCGCUUCUCGAGCAAGAAACCUCGACCGACAUUCAAUUUAACCAACUGGGGGACUUCGCUGACUUGGACGAUUUCGACGUAGACGAGUUUGAAGGUGAAGAGAUGCGGGAAAUGCGCUUCAUGCGAGAGCAGGCCCGGCUUGAAGCCCAAGAGACCGGAGCUCCUGGCGACGACCUCGACGACCUUUUGGAUAAUCACGCCAUGGUAGAAAACUGUCCACUCUGUGGCGGCAGCUUGCUCGGCAUAUCUCCAGACGAAGCUACGCGACAUGUCAAUUCAUGCCUCGAUGGCAAUCCCAUUCCGCUACCUACGAAAGAAGACGCCGCGUCCAAGGAUGUUGCUGAAGUGGAGGCCAUGGAAAUCAGCAAAAGAUUUGCUCGAGCUGCCGUCCCUAGACCUGGUCAAGCAAAUCCUUUCGAGAUCAAUACUGAGAAAACGGCCAAAAGUGCUUUUUCUAAGCUAAUGUCUGGCAAUGCGGAAGAUUCGGCUUGGGCUACGGCGGCGGCGGCAGAAACUGCGUCUCGGGGCCGGCCUGCAUACGAACGGACAUGUCCAUUUUAUAAAAUCAUGCCGGGAUUCUCAAUAUGCGUCGACGCAUUUCGCUACGGUGCUGUUGAGGGAUGCCAGGCGUACUUCUUGAGUCACUUCCACAGCGACCACUACAUCGGCCUUACCGCAAACUGGCGACACGGCCCAAUCUAUUGCAGCAAGGUAACCGGCAGCUUGGUCAAACAACAGCUCCGAACUGCAGCCAAAUGGGUCGUCGAACUGGAAUUCGAGAAACCCUAUGACGUUCCCGGGACUGAAGGCGCAACCGUCACCAUGAUGCCUGCCAAUCAUUGCCCAGGGAGCUCUCUAUUUCUCUUCCAAAAACCGUUUGGCAACGGGCCGAACAAGCGAAUAAAGAGAGUAUUGCAUUGCGGCGAUUUUCGGGCUUGCCCGGAGCACGUACAACACCCCUUACUCAGACCCGAUGUAAUAGAUUCAAUAUCAGGUAAAUCAAGACAGCAGCGGAUUGACAUUUGCUAUCUCGAUACGACGUAUUUAAAUCCACGAUACUCUUUCCCUCCUCAGGGAGACGUCAUUCAAGCCUGCGCAGACCUGUGCGGGUCCAUGUCGGCUGAUCCCAACUGCGCCGAUGAUGUCUGGCAGAGGUCUGAGAAAUCUGCCGGGACAGGGACCAUGAGCAAAUACUUUCAAAGCGACAAACCGUCAGAAUAUGACGCUGGAUCGAAGGCCAAGUCCAGGCCCAAACAGCGCCUUCUGGUGAUAUGCGGUACUUAUUCCAUCGGCAAGGAGAGAAUUUGCGUAGCCAUAGCCAAAGCCCUUGGCUCCAAGAUUUUUGCAUCCCCAGCGAAAAUAAAGAUAUGCAAGCAGCUCGAUGAUCCAGAAUUGACCUCGCUGCUGACGUCUGAUCCUGUCGAAGCCCAAGUUCAUAUGCAAAUGCUCAUGGAGAUCCGCGCAGAAACGUUGCAAGAAUAUCUAGACAGCUACAGGCCACAUUUCAGCCGCAUUGUUGGCUUCCGCCCCAGCGGCUGGAACUUUCGGCCUGGAAACGGCAAGGCUAUCGGGGCCAAUACACCUCCAAGUAGCAUAUCAACCCAGCAGCUUCUUCAUGGGAAAUGCUGGAGGACAAGAUUCGGAGUGAAGGACCUUGUGGCUCAGAGGGGUAGCACGAAGGAGGCCAUGUGCUUCGGCGUUCCCUAUUCCGAGCAUAGCAGUUUUCGGGAGCUGGCCAUGUUUGUCAUGAGUUUACGCAUUGAUAAAGUUAUACCCACUGUCAAUGUCGGCAGCGAUCAGUCGAGAAAGAGGAUGAAGGGUUGGAUCGAUAGAUGGAUGACUGAGAGGAGAAAGGGAGGACUGGUGAGACCGUUGAUCGAGGGAGAAGACGACGAGCACAAGAAUGAUUCCCAGCUGUGGCAAGGCAAAGCCGGCGAAGGGGGUGGAGCUUGGUGGUAA